ACUAGCUGAAACGAUAGCAUUUAAAAGAAAAAAAGUUCUGCGUACCCACCUUUUCCCUACGACAUUAAGUGUAUAUAUCUGUGCUUCUACUCGCUGUGUAUACACACCAGUCGCCAGUUGAUACAGUGUACGCAAUCAACAGAGGCAUUCUUAAAAGUCGGAGAUGGAAUCCCUCAAGGACAAAGUCACCAUAAUCACAGGAGGAGGUGGAGGAUUCGGGAGAGUUACCGCACUUCUUUUUGCUAAAUACGGAGCAAAGUUGGUACUGGCUGACCUCAACAUCGCGGGUGCGGAAGCUGUCGCAGAGGAGUGUAAAAAGGCAGGACUAUCGAAUGAUGACGUUCUCGCCGUUGAGGCAAACAUCACGAAAGAAGACGACAGAAAGAAAAUUAUCGACGAAUGUAUUUCAAAAUUUGGAAGACUGGAUGUUUUGAUAAAUAACGCCGGUAUAGGACGAUUUGCGUCCCUGGUGAAUACACCACCGGACAUGUAUGACGAUAUAAUGGACCUCAAUGUAAAGGCACAGCUUUAUAUAACACAACUAGCCGUCCCACACCUAAAGGCAACUAAAGGGAACAUUGUAAAUCUGGCCAGCAUUGUAUCCGAGGAAGCGAUGACUGUUUGUGCUGUUUACGGAAUCAGUAAAGCAGCCUUGUCGAUGUUUACCAAAACUCUUGCUUUAGAAAUGGCUGAAUUUGGAGUACGGGUUAAUGAAGUAAGGCCUGGAGUUGUGCAUACAAACUUUUAUGAUGCUAGUUUGGGUGGAGAUCCUAAGAAAUUGCAGAUGUUAAUGGCGGCAGAGAAUGCCAAACAUCCCUUGGGAAGACUUGCGAAACCAGAGGAGGUGGCAAAUGCCAUUGCUUUUCUGGCGUCGGACAUGGCGUCCUACACAACCGGAAAUGCCAUUUAUGUUGACGGCGGGCGCCAUUGUGUUGGGGCUGGGUUCGCUACGAGGCAAAAACCGCAAUCGUAGCCUGACAGAGUUUCUGGACGUUCACUUCAAUUCUGGAGUGUUAAGUCUGAACUGAACACAUGUUUAUAGGGCAGUUUCUGUCUCAGAAACAUACAAGAUGCAUACCUGUACUAUACCAAAUGCGUAUGUAUGUAUCAACGCUCUAUAUCAGGAGUUUGAUAAUACGUGAUUGUUUAACGAUGUCUGAAACAAAUCCUGAACAAUGUAUAGUCCUUUUAAAUGUGCUUGAACAUCAGAAAUAAAUACUCAAAAUAUUCA